ACUCAGCUGAGCGGAAAUGACGUCACGCGUGACGUUGCCUCAGCCCUUCGGUUCAGCAUGGCGCCGCUGUUGGUCCCGCUGAAAUGUGGCUUUCAUAUUCAAAGGCGUAAAUUAUCCCUGUUGCUUCAGCAGAGCCGAUCCGUCCACGCGUGGAUCUGUCACGACCACCGAGUGGCGAACCAGCGGAAACAGCGGAGCACUUAUCAGCUGUCGAGUCAACGAAGCGCGUCAUCAACAUGGGCCAACGGCCGAGGUCAGAACAGCCGACAGAUCUUAGAAGCAGUCAAACAUUUACAUCUUCCAGAGAGACAGUGCUGGCACGGGAAUGCAGGUGGAGGGCUCAAUGCAGAUCCCAAAAAUGUGCUGAAGGAAGUGAACACAGCGAAGAUCCUCUCAGCCAUGUUGAUGUAUGUUUGGCCCAAAGACAGACCCGACCUCCGUGCUCGAGUGGCCAUAGCACUGAGUCUGCUCGCUGGAGCCAAGAUAACCAAUGUGAUGGUGCCCUUCAUGUUUAAAUAUGCGGUGGACGACCUGAACCAGAUGUCGGGACACAUGUUGAACCUGAGCGAUGCGCCAAACACAGUGGCCACCAUGGCAACGGCUAUUCUGAUUGGCUACGGUGUUUCCCGUGCCGGAGCGGCUCUCUUCAAUGAGCUGAGGAACGCAGUGUUUGGGAAAGUGGCUCAGAGCUCCAUCAGGAGGAUAGCCAAGAACGUUUUUCUCCAUCUGCAUAACCUGGAUCUGGGCUUCCAUCUGAGCAGGCAGACAGGAGCGCUGUCCAAAGCUAUUGACCGCGGCACGCGAGGAAUUAGCUUCGUGCUCAGUGCCCUGGUCUUUAACCUGGGGCCUACGCUCUUUGAAAUGAUACUAGUCAGCAGCAUUUUGUAUUAUAAAUGCGGGGGUCAGUUUGCCAUGGUCACUCUCGGGACCCUCUCAGCGUACACCGCAUUCACAGUCGCUUUUACACAAUGGAGGACGCAGUUCAGGAUCCAGAUGAAUAAGGCUGACAAUGAGGCUGGAAAUGCUGCAAUCGACUCUCUCCUCAAUUAUGAGACUGUAAAGUAUUUCAACAAUGAGAAGUAUGAGGCUGAGCGGUACGAUGCUUUUCUGAAGGUGUACGAGUCGUCCUCUCUGAAGACGACCACUACUCUGGCCCUGCUCAACUUCGGUCAGAGCGCCAUCUUCACCGUCGGCCUCACCACGAUCAUGGUGCUGGCAAGCAAAGGCAUAAUGGCAGGGACCAUGACUGUGGGUGAUCUAGUGAUGGUGAACGGGCUGCUCUUCCAGCUCUCGCUGCCACUCAACUUCCUGGGCACCGUGUACAGAGAGACCAGACAGGCCCUCAUCGACAUGAACACGCUCUUCACGCUGCUCAACGUGGACACUAAAAUAAAGGAGAAAGAACUGGCCCUGCCGCUGCUCGUUGCUCCCCAGGAAGCCACCAUCAGGUUCGAGGAUGUGUAUUUUGAGUACUUGGAGGGACAAAAGGUGCUUGACGGGGUUUCCUUUGAAGUCCCUGCUGGGAAAAAGGUGGCCAUUGUCGGUGGCAGUGGAUCUGGGAAGAGCACAAUUGUCAGACUGCUCUUUCGUUUCUACGAGCCACAGCAGGGCAACAUCUACAUCGCAGGCCAGAACAUCCGUGAUGUUAGUUUGGACAGCUUGAGGAAAGCUGUGGGUGUCAUACCGCAGGAUGCCGUGCUUUUCCACAAUACCAUAUUUUACAAUCUGCUGUAUGGAAACAUCAACGCCACGGCAGAGGACGUGUACCGGGUGGCCAGACUUGCAGGAAUCCAUGAUGCCAUUCUCAAAAUGCCUCAUGGAUAUGAGACGCAGGUCGGAGAACGAGGCCUGAAGCUCUCAGGUGGAGAAAAGCAGCGUGUGGCCAUCGCACGGGCGAUCCUCAAGAACCCUCCCAUCCUGCUGUACGACGAGGCCACAUCUUCUCUAGACUCAAUCACUGAAGAGAAUAUUAUGACUUCCAUGAAGAAGAUGGUGAGGGACAGAACAUCUGUCUUUAUUGCGCACCGGCUGUCCACCAUUGUGGAUGCGGAUGAGAUUAUUGUACUAAACCAGGGGAAGGUGGCAGAGCGUGGAGACCACCAGACUCUCUUGAACACACAGGGCAGUCUGUACGCCGACCUGUGGAACACACAAAACAGCAGGAUCCUGUCUGACGGAGGCAAGCCUGAGCCCGUAGCCGAGCGCGUGUCCCAGAAAGAGGAGGAGCGCAAGAAACUGCAGGAGGAGAUCAUGAACAGCGUGAAGGGCUGCGGGAACUGCUCGUGCUGAGCUCGGAAAACACCAGGGCCAACGCCGUGCCUUUAUUCGCACACGUAUCAAGGUCAAUCCAAAAGAUUUUAAAAGAUUUGUCAUCUGGAACUCUUGUUUUUAUUAUGGGUAUGUACAUAUUAAUAAUGCAAUAUUUUUGUCUCAAAGUGCUGAGAAGAGCAUUGUAUAUAGCGCACAUAUCAAAUAGAUAUUUUGUCUGUUGAAGUGUGUUAGAUAUGGAUCAUUCUUCCUGUGAACAUUGACACCUUUUGAGGUCUCAUAUUUAACCAAUGUUAAUUUAUGCCAAAUCUGAGUCGGAAUGUACAUUUAACAACUUGUAUUAAAUCAACUUACUUCACUGAG